UCCCCUCUUGUUUAUCCCCCUCUUUCAUUUUCUUCCUCUGCUCGCUUCUCACAUCUAUCAACUCGAGUUCAGAGGAGUUUUCUGUUGAAGAAGUGGAGGUUUAGUGCUUCAUUGUAACUUUUUUUCACCGUGAUUACUUCCGUCUUUUCUCUUUAUAGGCAAAUGAGUGAGAGAUUCCGUUUUGUAUUUUAUAACUUUAUGGUUUCAGCGCAUCAGGUGACAGGUUUUCAAACGGCUUUCUGCGAUUAAAAACGUGCCAGAGAACAACCCAAUAUGUGGAAAAUGUGUCAAAAACGUUACUAUGAACUAGUUUCAUUGCGAGUUAUACAGUGUCCUCUAAGAAAAUUGGGCAUCUUGUCAUAUUUUGUGUCAGAAAUGCUUUUACGCAUGAAAGCAAUUAGUUUCAUCCACUUUUAUGGCAUGUUGCCGUAGCCACGUUUAAAAUAGAAGUAGGUUUUUCUCUGUGAGUCUAAAGGUGUGGGCAGAAAUACGUUUAACAGCGUCUAUUUCUGGCUUCCCAGUGCCUUUAUUCAGAGGAGCUAAGUGUUUCCAGAUGCGCACCAGAGCUCAGACGUAACAAUAUUGCCAUAUUUGGUAUGGCAGUAGCCUACAUUAUUAACAUAUUUCUCUCUGCUUUGGCCAGCGGACCACAAAGCAUUCCUGACAGCUUAAAGGCUUGUUAAAUAUGUUCUUCAUGCAGGGAAAUUCCUCUGCAUUCAUUCCUUGAGGCAAUUUGACUUUUCACGCAAUGUGUCCAUCACGUUUCGGAGGGGGGGAGUGGGUCCUGUUGUAGGUAAAGUGAUCCAAUUUUCCACGAGAGAUGUUGUGGUGUUAGUGUUGGUGGGGGGAGACAAAUACUCGGUCUUUGUCUGUAUUUUUUUUUUUUUUUUUUUUUUUUUUUUUACAUCAGGGUCUCAAUAAGUCCCCUCCACCGAAGUUUUCAAAUUAUUCCGAUUGAUGAAAACUUUCACCAGAUGGAAGCGAUGUGCGUAAAGACGCAACAUAAAACCAUUAUUAUCACCAUGAACGGCUGGCAGAAUCCAAAGAGGACAUUUUGCAUGAGGGCAGAGUGUUUAUUUGUGUUUAUAAGGAUCGGACAUCUCUCGUCUCUCUGCCCUGUAAACUCGUGUAGUUUUUAACAUGACGACACAGUGAGACAGCAGCAGUGAACAAGACGGCUGGAGAGACUCUCCGAUUUGAGCGUGCCAAGUAAAGGGAAAGCAAAAACAUGGCUGGUUUAAUGGCAGGUUUUGGUCAUUACACCCACGCCGUCGUCCGGGGAAUCCCCGCGUCCCUGGCCAAAGAAGCGCUCCGGAGCAGCCAGUCGGAGGUGGACCUGACCAAGGCGCGGAGGGAGCACGAGGCUUACGUCGAGGUCCUGGGGACGAGGCUCGGGCUGGAGGUGGUCGAGCUCCCCGCGGACGAGUCGCUCCCGGACUGCGUGUUCGUGGAGGACGCGGCUGUGGUGUGCGGUGACACGGCGCUCAUUACCAGACCCGGGGCAGAGAGCAGGAGGAGAGAGACGGAGGCAAUGAAGGACGCUCUGAAGGACUUGAAUGUGAACAUUGUCGAAAUGACAGAUGAGAACGCCACACUGGAUGGAGGAGAUGUGCUUUUUACAGGGCGAGAGUUCUUUGUGGGCCUUUCCAAACGGACCAAUCAGAGAGGAGCAGAGAUCCUAGCAGAUGCCUUUAAGGACUAUGCUGUUUCGACCGUGCCUGUGCUGGAAGGGCUUCACCUGAAAAGCUUCUGCAGUAUGGGAGGACCAGGCCUGAUUGUCAUCGGCUCCAGUGAACCAGCACAGAAAGCCCUAAAAAUUAUGCAGCAGAUGAGUGACCAUCGCUAUGACAAACUGACGGUGCCUGACGACUUGGCUGCCAACUGCAUCUACAUGAACCUACCUAAUAAGGGGCAUGUGCUUCUGCACACCACAGCAGAGCAGUAUCCAGAGAGUGCCAAGGUGUUUGAGAAGUUGAAGGACCACAUGCUGAUCCCCGUGUCCAACAUGGAGAAGGUCAAAGUGGAUGGAGCCCUCACAUGCUGCUCUGUACUCAUCAACAAGAAGGCCAACAUCUGAGCACGCUCACCAGGAGGUCUCUCAGUGCAUGGUAACCAUCAGAGCCUGUAUCCAAUCACAAAGGCUCCUGAAGUUUAGCAAAACUAUCAUGGUACUUAGAGGAAGAAUAGGCAAGUGUGUUAUUGCUGAGGGACAAAGAAAAUAUAAAUUGGAGGGAGUCAUCUGGUCUCCCUGCUCCGCCAAAACACUUAAUUUACAUGAAACAUUCUCAAAAAGUGUGAAUAGAUGACAAUUAGUUUUACGUUAUCAUAAGUCGUGUUUCCAUUCAAUUAACAAGGAAAUUGUAAACAAACUUUUGAAAUCUUGACAAGGAAAUCAAACAAGGCUCUACAAAGCAUAGUUUUGUCUCAAGUUUAGGUUCUGCUUUAGGCAGGGCUGCGAUCCACCAGCACACAGAGUAGAUAAGCAGAGAUUGCGCCCCGGAAGUUGCUCUGUUCAUCUAAUCUACAAGAGAACAAUUGAGUUAGGUUUUCAGGAAAGUGUUUCAACUGGCCAGGUUUUAUUUGCGCUUUUAUUUCAGCCAGUAUUGGGUAUGUUUCAUGCUGUCUGGAGACGAAGACAAAUUAGUGUAAUGAUUCUAAAGCAUUGAAUGAAGACGCCAUCAGUGGAAACAGCUGAUCAGUCUUGGUAGUUAAAUGUCUCCUAUGUCAGAACUCAUUUGGCAAAGCCCAUUUAUUGCAUUAACUCUUUUUGGACAAAGGCAAAAACCACCGCAAGGGACCAUAAAAACUAUUUUGCAUAACUGAGGAAGUUUUAAUGAAAUUUUCCAUUUCCACACAGCUUUUCUUAAACAACACUUAAAAUACACAUAAAAAUAUGUUUAUGGAAACACAGCUAUUCUCUCUACAAUAAUUAGGACAUUACAUUAAAAGUAAUCUUAUUAUAUUUUCUAUAAAAAGCUGAAAACAAGAUAAAAGAAGACUCAGAGGUUAGAAAAUGGGUCAUUUAGUUUCACAUGUUCAAUAGCCGGACAUGUUUUACAUAGUUAUUGACACUUUUUGCCCCAACUAGUCUACAAACUUGUAAAGUUUGAUUGUAAUUAAUCUGAUCUCAGAUCAGAGGAGGAAUAAAACAUGUGUUACGUUAAUUCCCCCCAGCCUUUUGAACCUGGAGAGCCCCUACUGCUCGUGUCUAGACCAAUCCUUGCUUACUCUAAUCGAUGUUUACAACCGUUUAAGAGGACCACACAGAACGGAGCGCUGGAGCAACAAAACCAGAUGGAUCUGUUUGAUAAAUCCUUUUUGUUGCCAUUGAAAUAGAGUCUGUCUGACAUUACACUGCAGGUUUAAGAAUUACAUAACUAACUGACAUCUAAAGUGGAAAAUGUAUACAAAUGGUUUGUGCUGUUUACAUGCACCAUUUUAACUGUGAUUUAAUUUUGCGUAUGUUUGGGUAGAUAAUUCAAUAGGGACUUGGUUUGCAAUGCAUUUUUCAAGAAGUGUAUUUUGGUGUAAGAUGAAGGCAAAAACAAAACCAAAAUACAGCUAUAUGACAUCCACAAACAUGUUAAAUUAUUGCUGUUUCUUUACAGUUGGUGCUGAAUAUAUCUCAUAACCUUAGAAUAUUCAAAACCCCUAACACAGCAUUCUGUAUUUUAUAAAAAUGCAUGGCCACAUCUAUGAGGUUUUGAUCUCUCACUCUGAAAAUACAGUUCUUGAAAAGCCUUCUGAAGAUAUGAUGGAAAACUUAAUGUCAAUAUUGGCGAUUGAUGUCGAAUGUACUGCCACUGAGACCUGAGGUGCUCUUACUUUUUCAUAACUGUUGCAUAAUAAUCAUAGCUUCUGAUUGUACAGUGCUGGAUACAAUUUUUGACUGAUUUCAGUAAUUGCUGCCAGCUACAGGAGCGAACAGUAGCCUUUUAAUUUAUUCUACAAGGACCAUUUUGUUUUAGCAAUUUGGCAUCCCUCCUGGUGAGCCUUUGUUUAGAGUCAUGUAGGAAUGCCAAUUAUCUGUGCCAACCUUACAGAGGACGGAUCAAAUCUGCCUGUGUGGGGAAUGUAUGUUUUCAUUAUUAUACAAUUAAGCUUUCAUUUAUUCCAACAUAACACCUCUGCUCCUCUUAAUGUCUGUAUGGGAAACCAACGACUGUACUCCUGCUGAAUGAGUCUGAAGGCACUGUAGUUUUCUCACUCCAUUGGUUCUGCCUGUGUUGUUGAUUACACUGGUUCUUUUUUCUCUCCCGUCUGGCAGUUUUUACUCAAACUGACUCAGAGCAUGCUGUGAAACUGAUGUCUGUUCCACUAAAUCCAAUAGCAGCGAAUGUGACUGCAGUGAGAGAGUUUGCACUCAGCAUGCAGAACAAGCUAACCGUUUUGAUGUGUUUCCAUGUUGGUAGCUGCAAACAGUGUGAAGGAUGAGCUCUGAUUUGGUGGCCUUAUUUCUGCUGAAUUGGUGUUUGAGGCCCAUAGAUAUGAUAGUGUGUGUGUGAAAGUGUAUACUGUACAUACACUAUAUACUGUAAAGACGUGAAAUUAUGUUUUUCCUCAAUGUGAUUGUAAGUGAAAGUUGAGGAAAUGACAUCAGGAGGUGAUUCAGCCUCCCUCUGCAGACGUUUGCGUAUGGGCAAGCGGGCAGUGAUGAAACAUGGAAAGAAUUCCUGUUGGGAGGAGAGGCUUGUACACCAGUAAACACUGACUCUCUUAAACUUUCUCUGUCUUUCUGCCUCACUCUUAACACUCGCUCUCUCCCACCCGCUGCUAUUGCCUCAUAGACGAUCCAGGCUAAUUUAUGGUCAUGAUAUCAUACAGUCUGGCGAACACUGUAGAUGUGAUGGACUGCUGUUAAAGUGUGACACUGGUAGUAUAUUUUACAGAAGGCGGGCUUGCUGGAUGCUGGGUGAUAGCAUGGUUGCAAGAGCAUCCAGUUGUGAUUCUCACGCAGUUACUUCAGAAGGCUGAGCCAGGCAGGGGCAGUCAAACACAGUCGAUUAUGUCAACCACUGGAUUUUAUCUAAAAUUGUCACCCCCUCUCACAUUGCUUCAAAUCACCCAUGGCUUGUCCAGCUCUGGGGCACCAUAACCUUUUCCUAUCGCUGAUUUAAAAUCAGAACAUUUAAUGUAGUUUUUGGCUCUUGACUGGCAAAACCUGUCUGUGAGUAACCGCUCCUGAAAAUGUGUGCUGACUUUGUUAUCCUCUUCCUAACCCCCUUACUCACCACAGUAGUCAUGAUGUUGUGAUUGCCCUGGUUCCAACUGAGGUCUCUUAGAUUUCAUACAAGUUGUGAGUAAUAAUUAUUUGAGUCAUCUUAAAUUGAGCCUUUCGUCUACUUUGUGUAAUAAAUUAACAUCUAACAUUCAGAUGUUGUGCUUUUUUGUGGUAUCAGGUUUUAAUAAUCUCCAGCUGCUGUGGUUAACUGUCAUUUUAGGAUCAAUGUAAUUACAGUUCAUAUUUUAUUUAACAGCA